UUAUAACGCGCCCCCUUCUGCGCUCUCCGGCCGCCUCCUCGUCGGCUCUUCCCGCUCGCCCCCUCGCCCGGCCGCCCCGGGCCCGGCCAGGGCGCACACCCCCUCCUGCCAGGCCGCGGCUCGGGGCUGCUCUUCCUCUUCCCCCGCGCCGGCCGCUCAGCGCAGCCCGGCGGAGGCGGCGCCGCCAGAGGAGGAGGAGGAGGAGGAGGAGGAGCAGGGCACUGCGGCUGGCCCCGGAUCGGGCGCCAGAGAGGCAGCGGCUUCGGCAGCAGCGGCGGCCUGAGCCGAUGCAGCGGGACGCAGCACCCCGAGCCCCAGCGCCAGCGCCCCGGAUCCCCGCGCCCCCAAUCGGGGCGGCCGCCGGCACUGGCGGCGGUGGCGGCGGAGGCGCGGGCAGCGGCGGCGGCGGUGGUGGCGGCGGCGGCGGAGGCGCCUCUGCAGCUCCGGCUCCCCCUGGCCUCCCGGGAACUACAAGUCCCAGGGGGCCUGGCGGCGGGCGGCGAGCGGAAGAGGCGGGGUCGGCGCCGCGGGGCCGGAAGUGGCCUUGGAGGCGGAAGUGGCGCGGCCGCGGAGGGGCCUGGAGCGCGGCUGCAGGGCCCGGGGCGGGAGCGGCGGCGGCGGCGACGGGGGCCGGGGGCGGCGGCGGCGCGCUGGAAGCGGCCAUGGCCAAGCAGUACGACUCGGUGGAGUGCCCGUUUUGCGACGAAGUGACCAAAUAUGAGAAGCUUGCUAAGAUCGGCCAAGGCACCUUCGGGGAGGUGUUUAAGGCGAAGCACCGACAGACCGGCCAGAAGGUGGCUCUGAAGAAGGUGCUAAUGGAGAACGAGAAGGAAGGGUUCCCCAUCACGGCCUUGCGGGAAAUCAAGAUCCUCCAGCUGCUGAAGCACGAGAACGUGGUCAACCUCAUUGAGAUCUGCCGGACCAAAGCCUCUCCCUAUAAUCGCUGCAAGGGCAGCAUAUACCUCGUGUUUGACUUCUGCGAGCACGACCUUGCCGGAUUACUGAGCAAUGUCCUGGUCAAGUUCACGCUGUCAGAGAUCAAGAGGGUGAUGCAGAUGCUGCUCAACGGCCUCUACUACAUCCACAGGAACAAGAUCUUGCACAGGGACAUGAAGGCAGCCAACGUGCUGAUCACCCGGGACGGGGUGCUCAAGCUGGCUGACUUCGGGCUGGCCCGGGCCUUCAGUCUGGCCAAGAACAGCCAACCCAACCGCUACACCAACCGUGUGGUGACGCUUUGGUACCGGCCCCCGGAGCUGCUGCUGGGGGAGCGGGACUACGGCCCCCCCAUUGACCUGUGGGGUGCUGGGUGCAUCAUGGCUGAGAUGUGGACUCGCAGCCCCAUCAUGCAGGGCAACACGGAGCAGCACCAGCUUGCCCUCAUCAGCCAGCUCUGUGGCUCCAUCACUCCGGAGGUGUGGCCCAAUGUGGACAAAUACGAGCUGUUCGAGAAGCUGGAGCUGGUUAAAGGGCAGAAGCGGAAAGUGAAGGACAGGCUGAAGGCCUACGUGCGGGACCCGUACGCGCUGGACCUCAUCGACAAGCUGCUGGUGCUGGAUCCUGCGCAGCGCAUCGAUAGUGACGACGCCCUCAACCAUGACUUCUUCUGGUCCGACCCCAUGCCUUCGGACCUCAAGGGCAUGCUGUCUACCCACCUGACGUCCAUGUUCGAGUACCUGGCGCCCCCACGCCGGAAGGGCAGCCAGAUCACCCAGCAGGCGACCAACCAGAGCCGCAAUCCCACCACCACCAACCAGACCGAGUUCGAGCGAGUCUUCUGAGGCUGGCGCUGCGGCCGACUGCUGCUGUUCGUCUCUGCCACAUGACUCGCACCGUGGAGCCAGUGGGUGUUUGAGAUUGUUCUCCAGUGCUGGCCGGGCUCCUCCCCGUGGUGGGCGCUGCAGGAAGCAGCCAGGGGACUGGAGAGAAGCACUGGCUGCCAGGCCAGGAGGUUGUGGGGGUUGCUGCCCCACUGCCUGGCCUUAUGGACAUGUCUGGGGAAGGGAGUAUCCACGUACUGCAGGACAGGAUGGGGGGCUCAGGGGGCCCUCUGACCAGUGACUCUUGAGAGACCCUGCAGGGUGGGAGGAGGUGACUGGUCUUCCGCCCUUCCUUGGGCACCCCCCAUCGUGGGAACAGAAGGCCUUGGGCUGGGGCUGUCCCAAGUUGAAACCCCCAGGCACUGGGGUUGGCAGAAGGAAGCAUUUUAUGGUGUUUCGUUGUUCAGUUG